CGGGGGGCGUGUCUUCGUGUACGAGGCGUUCGCCACAGGUGGUCCCAACGCGCGCCUCCCCGCGGCGACACCUCAGGACUCUCUCCAGACUUUGUCCUGAAGUGGGAACCGGUAGUUUGUUGUGCGUCGAGCUGAAGUCAGAACUUUACCGGUGAACAGACCAUGGCGGGGAGUGAGAAACUGGGAAGAGUGAUCAUGGCACUGGUCAGUGAGCCAUCGACGGGGGACCGAAGUGACGUCCCGGACCUGUUCCGGUUCCUGGCGGGUCCUGUCUCCUUCCCUCGCUGUGAGGACGCUGGUGAGGAUGCAUCCUUUCCUUAGUAGAAGACUCUGGUAUUGAGGGGGUCUGAUCUGAACUAUCCAGAGCUUACAGAAAGAUAGAAAGACACGUAAUAAUAAGUUGACAUACUGAAACAACUGUGGUCAGAAUUAUUUCUCGAAUCGAAAUAACUAUCCUUAUUAUUUAAUACCAUUAACUGCUGCAAACAUAACAACUGUUUUCUUUCCUUCUUCAAAACAUUAUCAUAGUCACAUUGAAAAUUGUUUUCGGUCUAGUAAUCGAACCCAACCUGUGAGUGACACCUACUCAAAACCGGGCAUCCACGAUCAACGAGUUUGACUCAGCAGAAACAUUCAGCUGAUUAGAUUAGUCGGAUAAUUGGCUCAUCGUCGUUUGUCAGUUAACGGCCACGCGCAAAAACAAGACCCUCGGCAGAUCUUUAAGGAGCAACAUGAGCGCCAAGCCGAUUUUUAGCGGCUCACAAUCUGUCUUCAAUUGUGGGUAUAAUGCCGUAGGACCCCAAGCUGCUCAGCGAGGGGAAGUAGUCCCAGAAAGGGGCUCUGUUUACUAGAACGUUUCACCCUCAUUAACAUAUGCCCACCUUAACGGUGUGGGGACCCCGCCCACCUUAACGGUGUGGGGACCCCGCCCACCUUAACGGUGUUGGGACCCCGCCCACCUCAACGGUGUGUUGACCCCGCCCACCUCAACGGUGUGUGGACCCCGCCCACCUCAACGGUGUGGGGACCUCGCCCACCUCAACGGUGUGGGGACCCCGCCCACCUUAACGGUGUGGUGGAGGGUGUGUCGGGUCCGCCACUCAGCAGGAGGCCUCUCCAAGGGGCCGACGUAUGAACACAACCACUUGCCUGCAGCGUAUGGAAAUGCAUGGUCUGGACGAGUCACGCGAGAGAAAAUAAUAAUAUUUUCAUAAUUUAUGAAUUGUGUUGUUGUGCCAUUUUGAGAUCCGGUUCCACCGCGGAGUCAAACCCGGUUCCGCGGUGCGGUGACAGAACCGCGGAGGUGGAGGUGUCAGGACAUUGUGUUCCUACAGUCUGCAUCCUGCUGAAUAAAAGCACCCCGCGCUCGCCGCCAUGCGCGUGCCAGCAGCUCAGCCUGCGCGUGCGUGAAAACAUGACACUGUUUUGGUAAAACUAGCGCGUUCACGUGUGAUCCACAUCCUCUCACGCGUCCACGUAUGUCACGCAGGAGAAUCCAACAACACGGAUUGUUAAACGGCGCGUGUGUUUGAGAUAAACCCUCGAGGUUCCAUUAACGAAUCGGGUGAAACCGUAGCGACGCGUUUAGUAUGCCGCGCGCCCUCGCUGAUCCGGCGGCGCGCUCUCCUCUGUUCCGAACCUCGUUCACGCCCAUCACGCCGCGUGCCUCACGUGAGUGGGCGGCGGCACGUGUUGGGCCACGGAGCGCGUGUGUCUGUGCGGGACUGGUCCGCUGCACGCGGUCCGCCUCAACAGAGCGUCACUCUGCGGGGUUCAGAGACACAAACAGUAGCGGUAGACUAUACUACACAUCUGUAUAUACCCCCACUGCGUCUGUGUAACUCUAACAUGGUCAACAAACGGACCGCUCACACAUUGUCAGUGCGUCCGUCCCGAGACCAGAGCUCUGGUCCUUUUGUUGUCUGUCUGUCUGUCUGUCUGUCUGUCUGUCUGUUUGUCUGUCUGGGGACCGCAGCGGCCAAUGGGCGGCUGCAGAGCCGUCACGAGCAGGAACCCCCCCCUGGGCCGGGGAUUGAUCGCCCAAUACAUAUUAAUAGAUUCUACACUUCCAGCCAAUCAGUGUGUAGGAUGUCCCCAGGAGGCGUGGCUCACAGCUCAUUAAUAUGCACGCUCCUCUCGGCGGGUGCUGAGGCUGGCGGCUCGCGGUACUUCUGUUGUUUUGACUCCCAAGCGUGGAUGCGCGGGCGCGAGCAGACCUGAGGAUAAACCCGACAGCGCGUGUUUAACGUCCACGGUAGUUUAACUUAACGUCGGCCCGCCAGACCCGGGAUGAUGUCCGGUAAAGCGUCGCUCGCCAUGGCGCUCCGACAGAGUAGCGCGGCUCCACAGAAACCCACCGUUCCCUUCGUGUUGAAGAAGAUCCUGGACAUCCCUCCGCCAAGCAUCCUGGAGGAAUGCGACGACGACAUGGGGAAGGAGAAGCUCUGCUCCUCCUCCUCCUCCUCCUCCGGGGCGGGGGGUGAGCGCGGGGAGGCCGGGCCGGGGGGGGCGGGCGGAGUCUCAGCGGGGGGGGGAGGGGCCGGAGGAGGAGCAGGGGGAGGGGGCGUGUCGGCCUCCCUGACCCCGGCCAUCUGGGAGCGGACCAUCCCCUACGACGGGGAGACCUUCCACCUGGAGUACAUGGACCUGGACGAGUUCCUGCUAGAGAACGGCAUCCCUGUCACCGUGGAGACCAGGACCCCCGUCACCGUGGAGACCGGGACCCCCGGGACCCCUGUCACCGUGGAGACCGGGACCCCCGGGACCCCCAUCACCGUGGAGACCGGGACCCCCAUCCCCGUCACCGUGGAGACCGGGACCCACGUCACCAUGGAGACCGGGACCCACGUCACCAUGGAGACCGGAACCCCCAUCCCCGUCACCGUGGAGACCAGGACCCCCGUCACCGUGGAGACCGGGACCCCCGUUACCGUGGAGACCGGGACACCCGUCACCGUGGAGACUGGGACCCCCAUCCCCGUCACCGUGGAGACCGGGACCCCCAUCACCGUAGAGUCCAGAUUCCCCGUCACCGUGGAGACCGGGACCCCCGUGGAGACCGGGACCCCCGUGGACCCCCAGGUGACCCCGGGGUACCCCGGCGACGACCCCCACAAGCAGUGCUUCUCCCAGGCGGUUGCUACGACUACACAUAGCGCUGAGGAUGCUGAGGCGGUGGCCAACAGUACUGCCACCGUUGCCGUGACGAUGGAGACUGCUGAUGAUGCUGCAUCCGCCGCCGCCUCCACGUCACCCCCCUCCCCCCGGGCCCCGCCUCCGGUCGGCUCCGCCCAGGAGGCGCCGCAGACCACCACCCCCCUCCUGCCCGUCAAACUGGAGGAGGAGGAGGAGGAGGAGGAGGAAGCGGAGGAGGAAGAGGAGGAGGAAGAGGAGGGAGCAGAGGAGGAGGAAGAGGAGGACGAGGAGGAGGAGCCAGCAGUGGUCCAGAAGAGGAAAGCAGGGCGCCGGGCGGUCCGGGACCCGGACCCCGAGGCCCUGGACCCCGAGGCCCUGGAGGUGGAGGUCCAGUUCCAGCCGGACCCCACAGACCUGGUCCUGUCCAGCGUGCCGGGGGGGGCGCUCUUCAACCCCCGCAAGCACCGCUUCUCCUCGGAGGAGCUGAAGCCCCAGCCCAUGAUAAAGAAGGCCCGCAAGGUGUACGUCCCCGACGAGCAGAAGGACGAUAAGUACUGGUCCCGCAGGAAGAAGAACAACGUGGCGGCCAAGCGCUCCCGGGACGCGCGGCGGCUGAAGGAGAACCAGAUCACGGUGCGCGCCUCCUUCCUGGAGCGGGAGAACGCCGCCCUGCGGCAGCAGGUGACCGAGCUGCGGCGCGACUGCGGCCGCUGCCGGAGCGCCGUGGCGCGCUACCAGGCGCGCUACGGCCCGCUGUAGGCCCCGCCCCCCCGGACAGGAAGUCACCACGCGGCAGGACUCCUUUCUUUUUUGCUUCCCUUCCACCGCCUCCUCCUCCCCCCCCAGCCCCCCCCCCUCCUCCCUCAACCGACGAUGAGGAUGAUGAAGACCACCACACCGGGACCCCCGAGGACCAGCAUCGAUUCAGCGGCCGGUGGACCGGCGGCGGGGGGAGGCGGUCGCCGGUAGCGACGGCUGCAUGGAGGCGGGGCCACGCGGGGCGGGGCGGGGCGGGGCCCCUGGGGGAGGGGCCCCUUGGUGGUGGCCGGGCCCCCGGUACACGCAGAGAGGGAGAACAGGAGGCAUUCUGGGAAGUCAUUUCUACGCUCUAGAACUCAUAGUAUUCAUCAAGCUGUCUGCUGAAGAGAGCCACGCACACACACGCACACGCACACACACACACACACACACAGACACACACACACACACACACACGCACCUCUCUGCGCUCUCCAAGAUGAGGGACAUGCAAGUGCUUGGUUUUUUUACAUUAUUGUCCGAACCAGGAGAAGGGCCGACCAAAUACAGAGACAGAGAGAGACAGACAGAGAGACAGAGAGACAGACAGACAGACAGAGAGACAGACAGACAGAGAGACAGAGAGACAGAGAGACAGACAGACAGAGAGACAGAGAGACAGACAGACAGAGAGACAGAGAGACAGACAGACAGAGAGACAGACAGACAGAGAGACAGACAGACAGAGAGACAGAGAGACAGAGAGACAGAGAGAAAGAGAGACAGAGAGAGAGUGAGUUUAUAGGAACAGGUACAAGGCAUUGACAUCACAGUUCUUCCUUUCGUGUUGAAACGACCUAAAGCUCUUUCAAGCAGCUCUCUCAGUACAUUUACUGGGCACCACAUGGGUGUGUGUGUACCCAGUUCUGCACUCCACCAAUACAGUAAUAACCAGUAAUAACCAGUAAUAACCAGUGAUAACCAGUCCUGCACCACAGGGGUUGGUGGGUCAGGGCUCAUUAUGGUGGGGGUGUGGUGUUUGUUCUUGUGAGUGGAAACUAAUAAGCAGCAAACAAGAAGAGAAAAAAGCAUGUUUAAACCUUCACUUUAAUGCUCUUUUGUUUUUAUAUCUAAAUAUAUUUAAUCCUUUUCUACUAAACUCAAACUAGCUUCCAGAGUCUCACACAGGAUCUUUAUCAACUCAUACAGAGAGAGAUACUUUAAACUCGUACAGAGAGAGAUACUUUAAACUCGUACAGAGAGAGAUACUUUAAACUCGUACAGAGAGAGAUACUUUAAACUCGUACAGAGAGAGAUACUUUAAACUCGUACAGAGAGAGAUACUUUAAACUCGUACAGAGAGAGAUACCUUAAACUCGUACAGAGAGAGAUACUUUAAACUCGUACAGAGAGAGAUACUUUAAACUCGUACAGAGAGAGAUACUUUAAACUCGUACAGAGAGAUACUUUAAACUCGUACAGAGAGAGAUACUUUAAACUCGUACAGAGAGAGAUACUUUAAACUCAUACAGAGAGAGAUACUUUAAACUCAUACAGAGAGAGAUACUUUAAACUCAUACAGAGAGAGAUACUUUAAACUCAUACAGAGAGAGAUACUUUAAACUCAUACAGAGAGAGAUACUUUAAACUCAUACAGAGAGAGAUACUUUAGACUCAUACAGAGAGAGAUACUUUAGACUCAUACAGAGAGAGAUACUUUAGACUCAUACAGAGAGAGAUACUUUAGAGGGGCCGGUUGGCGUUUGUAGGCCUGUUGCAGAAGCAGACGUUUGGGGAUUUGAACUCAAAGAUGGAGGGAGGCUUCACCUGUCGCUGGUUUAUUUUACUGCACACUGCAAGUAGAGGUCGCUAGAGCUAGUGCCACCAGGGGAGUCUGAAUGUUGUAUUUCUGGCCAAAGAUGUGUCAAUGUAAAUAAAUGAUUAGGUCAUAUCCUGCCUCCAUCCUCCUCAUAUCUGGAGAACAGAUCCAGGCUUCUCAAAGUCAACUGCUCGUCAUGCAGUCUCCCGACGAUGGUUGUUUUAAUGCUGAUAGUUUAUAACAUAACGUCUCAUUGUGUUAAUGCUGAUGUAUGUUUUAUAACAUAACGUCUCAUUGUGUUAAUGCUGAUGUUUUAUAACAUAAUGUCUCAUUGUGUUAAUGCUAAUGCUAUAUGUGUUUACUAACAAACACAACGACUCAUUGUUGCGUCUUUCCUCUAUGGAAUAAUGCUCCAGAAAGAAAUGACAACGCAGGGAAUUUAUUAAGGGACUGUGUUUUUCAGAAUUUAUUUAGAUAUGAAAAUAUGGAUUUGUAGUUGUUACAAAUGGUUUGUUGUAUUGUAUUCUCUAUACCGAGGUCAGAGAAGGGUCAUAUUUACCUCAUGCAUCCGUUAUCCAUUCCAGUGCUCCGACGUCAAACACACAACGCCUCCGCCGGGGUUGGUGUGUUGACGGUGUAAACAGGGUGGGGCAGGGUGGAGAGAGCAGGCUGUGGACUCCCUGUAGUCGUAGUUCUACUCAUGAGACCUGGGAGGUGUCCUGGGGAGUGGAGUCUGUGACCUCUGCGUCAGGACUGUCACAGCAGCGUCUCCUCGUCGACCGCUGUCUGAUCGUCAUCAGCCACCUUGUGUAUUUAUUGAAAACAGUAAAAGUUCAAAAAGGUACUUGUGGCAAUAAUAAUAAUCUGUAUCCCCCCCCCCCCCAAGUCAUUUGUGCUUCCAGUUUAUAAAUCCUCUGUGUUGGGAUUCUACUGCAUGAGACCCAGUAAGGUGGUGACUCUGUGUCCUGUGCUUAUCUCACACCAAGUGUACUUAUGUAGAUUGUCCCAUGGAGUUGUGGAUGUUGUAUUUCACAUGUUUGCUGCAUCGCUCGUCGGCGUGUAUUAUGGCUCUGUUGAAGAAACUCUCCUUCUGGGAGAGACAUAUUUGAUCACUGUGUGGGAUUGAUUUUCUAUUGGUUAUGGAUUAUUGAUCUGUGUGAAGGUCCACUGGACGUGUCUAGUGGACGUUCUGCAUAUCUGAGAUAUUUUUUUAAGAAGUGACGUUAGUUUCUCAUGGACCUCCUCGUGGGGGCGGAGUCCGGCGGGGAUCGCUGGAGGGAACCUCUUAGUAACGGAACGCGUUCUGCAGACGCUCCGAGGGCUCCGAGCCAACAGCACUGAACUCAAGACUACACUAUCAACAGCAUCCGUAGCAAAUACACCACUACUCAGAAUAGCCAUAAUACUUACACAAGAUACAUAUAUAUAUAUGAGAAAUAUAGGAAUUACAUUUGUACACUUUUCUUUGUGAGGUAUUGUUUUAUCAAAUUUUAUAUUGAGAGAAAUGUGCAUUUGUGUUGUGGUACUUUACUGGUCCUCUCCAGUACAGAACCAGCGUGUCCUACUGGUCUUCUGUCUCGUGCAUAUUCAAUAAAGUCAGAUGAAACGUGA